AUGUUUCUCCUGCCGGGGAUCGCCGCGUUCCCCCAGUUCCAGCGAGUGGUUGAGCUCGCGCGCCAGGGAGGCAUCGUACUAGAUCUUGGAUGCGGCCUUGGCCAGAAUCUCCGGCUCCUGGCGGCUUGUGGCGUUCCUUCCAACCAGAUGUGGGCGCUUGAUCUGAGUCCGCAGUUGUGGCGCUUGGGAUACGAGCUGUAUCGCGAUCGCGAUAGAAUGUUGGCAACUUUUAUUCCUGGCAACUUUCUCCACGAGGAUGACUGCCUUGGUCUUCGGGAGCUGUACGGUCAGGUGGAUAUCAUGAUCGCUGGGCAGUUCCUGCAUCUCUUCUCUUGGGAGGGCCAAAAACAGGCUGGCAAGCGCAUCGUGGCCCUGUCCAAGCGUGGAACGGUCUUGAUUGGAUAUCAGCAGUCACGGCGCCGAGCCCGGGAGUAUAUGCGUCCAUGGGGAAUGAUGUUCUACCACAACCGAGAUAGUUUUCUGCAGAUGUGGCGGGAAAUUUCACUUGAGACUAGCACGGACUGGAAGGUGGAAGCCACCGAGGUCGAUUUGGCGGAAUGGGGGAUGGAGGCCGAGGACACUGAAUGGAUGCCAGCAGAUCGCCAAGGGCUCAACUUUGUUCUCACCCGAGUGCAUUAG